AAAAAAACACACGUUUUUCUGCCGAAACCAAGAAACAAUUGUUACUCGGAUAACACAGUUUUCUCUUACAAACACAAACUCCUUUACAACGUCACUACCAUUUCUCUCCGUCUUCGCACUAAUCUCUCAAUUUCGAAAUUCCAAACUUCUGGUUUGAAUGGUAAACCACAACAUUUUGAUAAAAACCCUAAUGGGAAUAAUUCCAACGGUGUUAUAGAAUCAUCCCGUAAUAAUGGUUCAAGAAAUCAAGAGGGGUUAGAGAACACUAGUCAUCUCCGUAAAUUGGUUAGAGUCGGCGAAUUAGAUAAAGGUUUAAGGUUUCUAGAGAGUGUUAGUUACAAAGGAGAUAUUCCGGAUGUCAUUGCGUGCACCAGCCUCAUUCGGCAGUUAUGUAAGGCCGGAAAAUCUAGGAAAGCUACUCGGGUUAUGAAAAUUCUAGAGGACUCUGGUGCGGUUCCUGAUCUUUUAGCCUACAAUAUUUUGAUUAGGGGUUUAUGUAAAUCAGGGGAGAUAGAGACAGCUUUGGAGUUUCUAGAACGGAUGAGUGUUUCGCCUGAUGUGGUUACUUAUAAUACGAUUUUGCGUAGUUUGUGUGAUAGGGGGAAAUUGAAGCAAGCUAUGGAAGUUUAUGAUAGGCAAGUGCAGAGGGAGUGUUAUCCGGAUGUGUUUACGUACACUAUAUUGAUAGAAGCGACUUGUAAAGGGAGUGGAGUUCGUGAAGCGAUCAAGUUAUUGGAUGAGAUGAGGGUUAAAGGGUGUAAACCAGAUGUGGUUACUUUCAAUGUUCUUAUCAAUGGUAUAUGCAAGGAAGAUAGGUUGGAUGAAGCGAUUGAGUUGUUGAAUAACAUGUCGUCUUAUGGUUGUAAACCGAAUGUGAUUACUCAUAAUAUUAUUUUGCGUAGCUUGUGUGGUACUGAAAGAUGGAGGGAUGCGGAGAGUUUAUUUGCUGACAUGCUUCGUAAGGGUUGUUCUCCGAGUGUUGUUACUUUCAAUACCUUGAUUAACUUUUUGUGUCGGAAAGGGUUGCUCGGUAGGGCUAUGGAUAUCUUGGAGAAGAUGCCAAACUAUGGUUGUACUCCGAAUUCCUUGAGUUACAAUCCAUUGCUUCAUGGGUUUUGUCUAGAAAAAAAGAUCGAUAGAGCGAUUGAGUACUUGGAACUAAUGGUGUCGAGGGGUUGUUUCCCGGAUAUUGUGACCUAUAAUACUUUGCUUACUGCUUUAUGCAAAGACGGGAAGGUGGAUGUUGCUGUUGAUCUGUUGAAUCAAUUGAGUAGCAAAGGGUGCUCUCCCGUUGCAAUCACUUAUAAUACAAUUAUUGACGGGCUUUCAAAAGUGGGGGCAACAGAGCGUGCUGUGAAACUCUUGGAUGAGAUGUGUCGGAAAGGUCUUAAACCCGAUACAAUUACAUACAAUUCGCUGAUUGGGGGAUUUAUCCGUGAGGGAAAGGUUGAAGGUGCUAUCAAAAUUUACGAUGACUUGGAAAGAUUAGGUAUUAGGGCCAAUGCCUUCACUUACAACUCAAUCAUGUUAGGACUUUGUAAGGCACGUCAAACUAGUCGUGCUAUUGAUCUUCUGGCACAUAUGGUAGCAAAAGGAUGCAAACCUACUGAAGGUACAUAUACCAUUCUUAUCGAAGGCAUUGCUUAUGAAGGAUUAGCGGAGGAGGCUUUGGGGUUAUUGAAUGAGUUGUGCGCCAGAGGAUUUAUGAAGAAAAGUUCUGCAGAACAGGGAACUGGACUGGAAUUAAAAGAAAAAAUGUAGCACAAUGAGUUAUAUCUUGAUUCUUGAACAAGGAGGCUUGUGACUUGGGUAUGAAAGCUUCCUUCAUAGUUAUUAGUUUCAUGACUAUUACCAUCAUUAGUGUUAACUUCAUGAAGUUGGAACUUCUCCGAGUUUCUCCAACCGGCUGAAACCAAGCAUACCAUCUGCUUCCCUAAAGUCAAGUGGAUAUGAAAUCGCAGAAUCAAACACACGCUUAAUAUUUUUUUGGAUAUGAAAUCAAGUAACACACUCAAUCAAUAAUACUUUCUUUCUUUGUUCUCAACACUCAACUGAAUUUUUUGAUGUUAUAUAAGGGUCUGUCCUAUGUCUCAUGCUCUUCUUCCUUGUUUACUUCAUCCUUCAUGUAUCAUGCUCUUCAAGGAAAGGCUUAUGUUAAUUGUUUUU